AACUCUUCCCUCUUCUCCACCCGGUGACGUCCCAUCCCAGCAACGACACCCCGAAUCGCGACCCCGAGGAAAUAUAAUUCCAAACGCAGAUCUACUUGUACAGGACGAUACCACUUCCCACCACCAGCUCGCCUAGUCCCAUCCCGUCUAUACUCAACCGAUGACACACCCAUCAUAUGACGAGGACGCAACCGUCCCCACGACCACGGAAGUCAACGAAGUCAACGCUGCCAUCGUUGCCGCCGUUGCUGCUGGGGAAAGCACAUCGGCCUUUACAACAGAAGCUUCUGCCCACCUUGGUCUGAACUCUAUCGAGAACCUGGACACAUCCGCUAUUGAAUCCAUUGUCACCGCUACACCCGGACACAAGCGACCUGCAGAGGACGACGCGGAUAACAUCAAGGAUAGUGUCAAGCUUCGCAGGUUGCAGGAAGAGGUCAACAACAACGCGAUCGCAGCUGCAGGGAUCUUGUCCAGUGGUUCUAGCCUCAGCAACCAUACCAGCGGCCACAGCAGCAACCACAGUAGCAACCACAACAGCAACCCCAGCAGCCCUGGUCAAUCUGUUGCCGUCGACACUGAAAUAACAGUGACCAGCGCCUCGGAGCAGACCACUUCGACCUCCGUAGCAGUUUCAGCGGCUAAUGCGCAGUCAACAGCAACAUCGACACAGACGCACACUCACACAUCUGCUCAAGUUGUGGUACAGGAGGCCCUUGCCGCGACCGCUGCCACGACGCAUUUGACGGCCACAUCGCACUCGAGUAUCAUGGCGGACCUGGAGCGGAUGCAGCAGAUCGCCAAGAUUGAUCCAGCGCAACUCGCGUCGUAUUCGACUAACCCCAACAAUCAAGCGACGCUGGAGCAGCUUACCUCGAGCGCAUUGGCCAAUGUCCUCGCACAGGCACCACUUGCUGUUGCUAGCCUUCAAAGCAACCUUCAGCUUCAGCAUGAGCAUGAGCAGCAGCACGAGCAGCAGAAGGAUGCGGUCCAAGGAAUCCUCGCAGCUGCAUCUGCAGAGACGGAGAACGCUCCAGGCAAUGACACUGGAUCGUCUCAUGAGGACGAGAUUCUGAACGGAAAGCGGGCGAACAAUCGCAAUAUGACCAAUGAUGAGCGGAGACAGCGCCGGUUGUUGAGGAAUAGGAUGGCGGCCAAGGAGUGUCGCAAGAAGAAGAAGGCCUACGUGAACGAGCUUCAGGACACGUGCACGCGACUGCAGGAGGAGAACGCGAGAUUGUACAAAGAAGUCGAGGAGCUCAAUGCAAAGUUGACGCUGGGAGCGAUGCGUAUUGAUGAGAAUAUGCGUUUGAUUAAGGAGGUCGAGGAGCUUAACGCAAAGCUGACAUUGGGAGUGAUGGCCGGCACUACUGCCCCGACACACGAUGCAGCCCACGACGCGAUUGCGGCUGUAGCGCAAGCAUCAUCCAAGCCGGAAGACGUCGCGACCGAGGGACAGGCAGCGGGAUCGCAGGCGCAGGACAGUCAGGAUCGUCAGUCAGGAGUAGGAACCAGUGCUUAAAAUAUGGAGUCUCUUUUUUACGCUUCCCCUCUUCCCCUCUUCCCCUCUAUUGAUCGUCUUGCUCAGUUGCAGGGAAUAGUAGCAUGCGACACUCUUUUUUAUGUUUUGUCGAAUAAAGCAUCGUAUGUAAAAAA